AUGGCAGACUCUGACGGUGAAUAUGUCGAGGAUCUCUCAGAUGAUGAUAUUGGAGCACCCGCCAAUGUAAAUGCUGGGCAUGGCACUCGAUCUACUGGAGCUGCCACAGGCGCUGGAGGGUCAACUGCCAAAGAAAAAGCCGCAAAUGGCGGUGGUAAUAGGCGGAAAGCUGCAUGGGAAGAUAUUCAAAGAAGUUGGGAUACUGUAGUCGAAGGAGCAGAUGGUAGUAUUAAUUCUACUGUUGAGGGGUUAAGGGAAGCUAACAAAAGGAAGAGAUUAUUGAGAGAUACGACGCCCUUACAGCGAGGUAUUAUUCGCCACUUCAUUCUCAUCCUUGACCUCUCCUUCGCCAUGACAGAGAAAGACAUGCGCCCCACGCGUUACCUUCUCACCAUCCGUUACGCAAGCGAAUUCGUUACCGAAUACUUCGAACAGAACCCCAUCUCACAACUCGGGAUUAUUGGCAUGCGCGAUGGCAUUGCAGUGCGCAUUUCAGAUAUGAGUGGAAAUCCCACCGAACAUAUUGAACGAUUGAAAGCUCUCCGCGUAGAUCAGGGUCAAGGAAAUCCCAGUCUACAAAAUGCUUUAGAGAUGAGCAGAGCUGCACUAUUUCAUGCUCCAAGUCAUGGUACGAGGGAGAUACUUAUUAUAUACGGUGCGCUACUUUCAAGUGAUCCAGGCGAUAUCCAUGAAACGAUUUCCUCGCUCAUAACGGAUCGCAUACGAGUUAGUAUUGUAGGACUUGCAGCCCAAGUUGCCAUUUGCGCCGAACUAUGCUCGCGCACUAAUGCUGGGGAUGAUACCGCAUAUUCUGUUGCAUUGAAUGAAGAACAUUUCAGGCAAUUAAUGAUGGCAACUACAACCCCCCAGUCACGCAGUAGUUUACUUAUGAUGGGUUUCCCAUCUCGAACACUCGACCCAGGAAAAAGCAUGAGCUUUUGCGCAUGUCAUGGGAAGUUAAGUAGAGGAGGUUAUCUAUGCUCGCGUUGUGAAAGUAAAGUGUGCUCACUGCCAGCGGAAUGCCCGGCAUGCGGCCUUACUCUUAUUCUCUCCACCCAUUUGGCCCGCUCAUAUCAUCAUUUAUUCCCCUUGCGCAAUUGGGUUGAAGUUCUUUGGAAAGAUGCCGGAAAAUCCAAAGGGUGUUAUGGGUGCCAAGUAACUUUUCCCCAAAGGGACGCACAUGAGAAAGGUGCCUCCGAGCAAGCAAUGAAGGGCAUGAGCGAGAGUGGGAGGUAUGCGUGUGAGGUCUGUGGUAAUCACUUUUGUAUCGAUUGUGAUGUCUUUGCCCAUGAGGUAGUGCAUAAUUGCCCAGGCUGUCAGAGUGAUACAAGGGGCUUGAUUAGCGGUGUUGAUGGGAGAGGUGGGGGAGCUCCAGCGAGGAGUGUGGAGAAGGAUAUAGAUGCUAUGGUUGAAUGA